UAAUUAAAAAUAUGUAACACGAAGUGGUGCAUGUACUUACAAACGGAUCCACACGCAUACGAUUCUACUUUUCAUCUACAUCUAGAUCAACAACUCACAUCCUCUAUCCAUCCAUCUAUCUAUCUAUCUAUCUAUUAGAACAGUAGACAUGCUUAAGACACCAGAUCAUCAGGUUGCCGGACAUGAAGCGGGGGUCGGGAAGCUGGGCCCACUCGUUGAUGAUUCGGGCCGGUUUUACAAACCUCUUCAGGGAGAUCAACGCGGGUCUGAAGAAGUCGCCUUUUACGAAUCGUUUUCUUCCAACACGAAUAUCCCAGAACAGAUACGCAAAUUCUUCCCUGUAUAUUAUGGCACCAAAGUCAUGAAGGCGUCCACCGGGUCAGACCACCCUCACAUUGUGUUGCAAGAUCUUACAUCAGCCAGUCCUAACCCGUCUGUAAUGGACAUCAAAAUCGGGUCUAGAACGUGGGGCCCGGAAGCUUCCGACGCGUACAUUGCAAAAUGUUUGAAAAAGGAUAGGGAAAGCACAAGCACCCCACUCGGGUUCAGAAUAUCCGGGCUGCAAGUUUAUACCGGUGAGGAAUCAGGGUUUUAUAAGCCCGAUAGAGAUUAUAUGCGUAAAACCGGACUAGAUGAUGUUAAACUCAUUCUUAGGAAUUUUGUUUCUUCUAACCCGUCUUCAGAAACGGGCCAGGGCCCGGGCCCAGAUUGUUCUUUAGUAUCUUAUGUGUAUGGUGGGCCCAAUGGGAUUUUGGCUCAAUUGGUGGAACUGAAGACAUGGUUUGAAGAUCAAACAAUGUACCACUUUCAUGCCUGUUCUUUGCUAUUCAUGUUUGACCAGAGGUUGACUUUAGAAGGAGCCCGGUCAAAUGCGGUAGUCAAACUUAUUGAUUUUGCACAUGUUACAGAUGGUAAUGGUGUUAUUGAUCAUAAUUUCUUGGGUGGGUUAUGUUCCUUGAUAAAGUUCAUUUCGAACAUAGUUGCAGAGGCAAACGAUCAUACCGGUACAAACGGAGAGGUUGAAGUUUGAAAUUGUCCGUUUUUGUUGCUGCUUUUUAAUAAUUUGUCAAGACAAGUUAUUUGAUUUGUAAUCAUGUUAUGUUCUCUUAAUGAAUCACUGUUUUGCUGAUACAUUUACUCUCAUCUUUGACCCAUCA